AUGAAGUAUCCCGAAGUAGGACAAGGGCAGGCGAGGAACCUCUCAAGCAGCGUCCUGGAAAGCAGCCACUCAACCAACCACAAACGGAGCAUUCAGCCUUCCAGACAAAGUAUUCAUUCGCGGUUAGGCCCGCAAGGAGUAUCAUUCACAUCACAUCGGAGCAGUCAGCUUGGCAAACGGAAGGAAACAAUCGUUCAGUCCGAUUCUAGUUCAACCGGCGGCCCGCAAAAUCCUUCGCCUGCUAGGAAUCCAUCUCAUACACCGCAGCCACGACAUAGACGAGCUGAGCGCGUAGAAGAGCAGCCUAGACCGAAUGAACCAUGGUUCAAGUUGCCGAAACAGUCAAAAGGAGAUACUUCCAAGUUGGACCACACCAAAUAUUACGCAUUCCACCGAGGUCCUGGGCACACAACCACCAACUGCUAUACUUGGAAGAACUACCUAGAGAAACUCGUAAAAGAAGGGAAAGUCGAUAGAUAUUUGGACAAGCCAGCUGAGCAGCCAAAAAGGAAUGCAGACGGAGAUGAGGAGCCACCAACUAAGAUGAUUCGAAUCAAUGGCAUUUUCGCUGAAUCCGAGCACUUGGGGGCCACUAAUAACUCCAAAAAGAGGAAGAUCCAGCAGGCUUUACUAAUUUCACAAGUUCAAGCAGUUGAUACCCAACUUGGACCUAUCAUUGGCUUCACAGAGCAGGAUGCGGAAGGAGUCGACUUCCCACACGACGAUGCAUUAGUAGUAUCUGUCCAAUUAGCCCAUGCUAUAGUCGACAGGAUGAUGGUUGACAAUGGAAGUGCAGUCAACCUACUUCAACUUUCGGUCAUUCAAAAGAUGGGCCUAGAAAGUACAAUCAUACGCCGGGCAGAGCAGCUGGAAAAGACGGCUAAAAUUGGCUCACGACUAAGCCCAGGCGAGAAGGAAGAACUCACAAUUUUCCUGAGGGAAAACCGAGAUGUCUUCGCAUGGUCACCAUCUGACAUGCCUGGAAUUGACCCCAAGGUGGCCUGCCACAAACUGCACGUCAACCCUAUUGCCAAACCGGUAAUCCAAAAAAGAAGACAUUUUGCACCCGAACGAAUGGCGAUCAUUGAGGCAGAAAUCGACAAACUAUUGGAAGCUGGGUUCAUAUAA